AUGCCGAUCGGUAUGUUUUUCUGGAUGUGCGACGAAGCCAUCAAAAUGCAAUCACCGGAAGCCAUAAUCGUACAGUUGGUCUGGUUUUUCGGACUGACUAUCUGUGCCCUGAUGUCGGUCUGGUUACUGAUAAUACCCGGCCUGUAUUUCCUGGUUGUCCGGAAAAAUCCUUACAUAUUUAUGAUGAACAUUAUGCCGGCACUGGUAGUCGCUUUCGGAUCCAGUUCCAGUGCCAUUACAUUGCCAGUUACUAUGGACUGUAUGAUUGGUAAAAACCAACUGGCCAAACCGGUUGGCCAGUUUGUACUGCCAUUGGGUAUGACCAUACAUAUGCCCGGUCCGGCCAUGUAUUACCCGAUGGUUACAUUGUUUGUCGCACAGAUGCACGGCUUGCAGAUAACAUGGCAUAUGUUUAUAACCGUAUUUAUAUUUGCAGUGAUAAUGUCGAUGGCAUUUCCGGCCGCACCGUCGGGCGGCUCAUCCAUUGUUAACUUUAUUGCAUUUUGCGCUAUCAUUGGCAUCGAUAACCCACUGGAUGUGUUGGCCUAUACUAUAUCGAUUGAUUGGCUUAUGGAACGCCUACGUACAGUAACCAAUGUUAUGGCCGAUGCCUAUCUAUCGGCUAUUAUAGAAAAAUUAUGUAACAUUAAGACAGUCGAUGACAAUAAUACCGAUCAUACUAUGAAGGAUAAUACUAUAGAUAAUACUACCGGUGCUAACCAACCAUUAAUGGUUACCAUAGAUAUGGUAUCGUUUAAGCAGUAA